AAAAGUCCAUAGCGGGCGGGCUGAGGGAGGGGCGGAGGAAGGGGACCGCUUGGGGGCACUGGAAAGCCAGGGAUUCUCCGGAGGGAAGGCAGGGAUACUCCCGAGCGAAGGCGAGGAGACUGGGGGAGGGGGCGCGGUGGGAGGAGGAGUAGGAGAAGACAAAAGCCGAAAGCGAGGAGGGCCCGGGCGGCACACACCGGCCGGGAGGAAGCCGUCUGUUCAACGAGCAGCGGGUCCGCCGAGGCCGCAGUGCACGGGGCAUCCCGGUCGGCAGGCAGCAUGGGGAAGGGGGGGAACCAGGGUGAGGGGGCCACCGAGCGUGAGGUGCCAAUGCCCACCUUCAGUUGGGAGGAGAUUCAAAAGCACAACCUUCGCACCGACAAGUGGCUCGUCAUCGACCGCAAGGUCUACAACAUCACCAAGUGGUCCAACCGGCACCCAGGGGGCCACCGGGUCAUCGGUCACUACGCGGGAGAAGAUGCCACGGACGCCUUCCGUGCCUUUCACCCCAACCUCGAUUUCGUGCGCAAGUUCAUGAAGCCCCUGUUGAUUGGCGAGCUGGCCCCGGAAGAGCCCAGCCAGGACCGUGGCAAGAAUUCUCAGAUCACCGAGGACUUCCGGGCCCUGAAGAAGACCGCCGAGGACAUGAACCUGUUCAAGGCCAACCACCUGUUCUUCCUGCUCCUCCUGGCCCACAUCAUUGUCAUGGAGAGCAUCGCAUGGUUCACCAUCUUCUACUUUGGCAAUGGCUGGAUUCCUACAGUCAUCACGGCCUUUGUCCUCGCUACCUCUCAGGCCCAAGCUGGAUGGCUGCAGCAUGAUUACGGCCACCUUUCUGUCUAUAAGAAGUCCACAUGGAACCACCUUGUCCACAAGUUCAUCAUUGGCCACUUAAAGGGUGCCUCUGCCAACUGGUGGAACCAUCGCCACUUCCAGCAUCAUGCCAAGCCCAACAUCUUCCACAAGGACCCAGACGUGAACAUGCUGCACGUGUUUGUCCUGGGCGAGUGGCAGCCCAUCGAGUAUGGCAAGAAGAAGCUGAAAUACCUGCCCUACAACCACCAGCACGAGUACUUCUUCCUGAUUGGGCCGCCGCUGCUUAUCCCCAUGUACUUCCAGUAUCAGAUCAUCAUGACCAUGAUCGUUCGCAAGGACUGGGUGGUUCCUGGAGAGCCACUGGUUUGUGUGGGUCACGCAAAUGAACCAUAUCGUCAUGGAGAUUGACCGUGAGCCCUACCGUGACUGGUUCCGCACACAGCUGGCGGCCACCUGCAACGUAGAGCAGUCCUUUUUCAAUGACUGGUUCAGCGGGCACCUCAACUUCCAGAUCGAGCACCACCUCUUCCCCACCAUGCCCCGGCACAACUUCCACAAAAUCGCCCCGCUGGUGAAGUCUCUGUGUGCCAAGCAUGGCAUCGAGUACCAGGAGAAGCCGCUGCUGAGGGCCCUGCGGGACAUCAUCAGGUCCCUGAAGAAGUCCGGGGAUCUGUGGCUGGAUGCCUACCUCCACAAAUGAAACUAGCUCUUGGGGCACCGCGGGGAGGGCCGCAGAGGGGUGAGGGCUGAAGGAAGGGUGGGCUUCUGUUCUGAGGGGUGUCAGUGAGGCUGGGCACUGCCAGCUCAUGGAGCACAGGUUUGGUCGUUCUCCCUUCCUCCUCUCCUUUCCCUCUCUCCCUUCUCCCCCAGCUCCCCUGUCCUCCUGGGGGCCUGCCCUGUCAGCCCCACCUUUGCCCCAGAGCCUCCCCAAGGAGAGAGGAGGUAGCCAGGGGAACCAACCCUGUCCCUGAUUCCACCCUCUACCCCUAAAGAUUGGGGGAGACCAGAGGUUCACGGGUCUGGCCUGUGGCUCAUCCUUGCAGCCUCGCCCACAAGGCCUCAUCCUCCCUGUCUGUCCCUCAGACGCUCUUGGGGCUCAUGGGGCAGGGUCCCAGUCAGCCUGGGCUCGCAGCUCUCCAGGCCUGCCUCUGCUCUUCCUGGCAGCCCCGGUGCUCUGCCCUUUUGGAUGCAGGUGUGCUUCCUGCCCUAGGUCUCCCUCCCGUGGCUGGGGUGGUACCUGGGGGCUUCUUUCAGGUGUCCGAGCCCAGACCUCAGGGCCCAGGGAAAAGUCCUCAUCUGCCCGCUGGGGCUCUCUGAACUGGGGCUACUGCAGGUUCCCUGCUGCCAUCUUCCCAGCUCCAGAGC